UCAUAAUUUCUAUAUUUUCUUGUAUAUUGUUCGUCUUUGCACGUGAAUUCCUAAUUUUUCAUUUGAAAGUAAUUUAUUGAAGAAUUAUAAAAUAUUUAAACAACAAUGGCAGAUUUUUUUAGCAAUAGCAGUGAAAAUUUUGACUUGGGUUCUUCGUCAGUUGGUGGUACCGACAAAUUGAAAGCCGAUGAAAUACAAAAAGUUAUAAUGAUGGAACAGCAGAAAGCUCAAUUAAAUGCUCAAAUACAAGAAAUCAGUGAAAUGUGUUGGGAAAAGUGUGUGGAUAAACCAUCAGCAAAGCUUGGUUCAAAAACUGAAGUGUGCCUUUCAAAUUGUGUAAAAAGAUUUUUCGAUUCUUCAAUUAUCAUUGCAACUAGAUUCAAUCAGUUAAUCCAAAGGUCCAACACUGGUUAGCCGAGUACCUACCGUUUUGUGUUCAAUUCUUUAUUUUAAUGUUAAUUCUGUAGUAAUCGAGCAAGGGACUAUUAAAUAUAAAUCAAGUAAUACAAAUCGUUUUUAAUGGUUUUGUAUUGUACAUACCUAUUAGUUUGAGUGAAUAUUGCUUGUUAUAUCAUUAAUGUUCGAUAUUGUUCAAAAUAAAAUAAAAUAUAGUUUAUAAUA